UAUUAAUACAAGAAACUCCAAUUAAAGCAUGGGAAACCAAACGGAAACGGAGGAGGCACCCGUGCCGAGAGUGGCGGUAGUGGUGUGCCUGAUCAAAGGGAAAAGGGUGCUGUUGGGACGGCGCCGUUCCUCCCUUGGCGACUCCACCUUUUCUUUCCCUGGUGGCCACCUCGAAUUCGGUGAGGGCUUUGAGGAGUGUGCAGCAAGAGAAGUGAAGGAGGAAACUGGUUUGGGGAUUAAGAAUAUAGAGCUGAUGACGGUAAGAAACAACGUGUUCCUAGACGAGGCCAAGCCAUGCCAGUACGUGGGGAUUUUCAUGAGGGCAGUUUUGGCAGAUGAUGAUCAAGUGCCCCAAAAUGUGGAGCCAAACUUCUGUGACGGAUGGGAUUGGUACGAAUGGGACGCUCUCCCUAAACCACUCUUUUGGCCUCUGGAGAAUGCGAUUAUGGCCGGAUUUAAUCCUUUUCAUACAUGAAAAAAAUAUAUAUACAUAGCAUGUAUGUAUGAAUAAAAAAUGAAUGAAAUAAACCGUUAACGUUUCUCUGCCAAUUAAGGAAAGCAUGCAGUUUGAUUGCAGAAAAAUUAUUGGAGUUGGAUUGGAUAUAUAGGUUUGACUUGCUCCUCAAUUAUGGAAAGGAUGUCUCGUGGUUUACGUACUCAAAAAGACAAUAUAUGCUAUAAUAUUAGCUUUGACUAGUUCUGCCUCCAUUCAUGUGACGAGAGCGAAGCAAAUCAUAAUGCAAUAAUAAUGCUAUUGCUCCCGCAAAUAGUCAAGUAUUAAUUAUCUUUUGUUAGAGUCCUCCUAUUUCCAUCUAAUUGUCCUAUUUUCUCACUCAUUUUAUAUUCAAAAUUUUAAAUACAAAUUUAUCCAUUUGUAAAAUAACUUUUAAGGACUUAAGGAAAAACCUCACCUCAUAACUCACCUAUUCUUUUUUUUUUUUUCUUAUUAUUAUUAUUAUUAUUUUUUGGUCAAAGCACUGGAAAAUUUCAUUCAAAAUGAAUACAAAACUUGCAACAGCAUGUGCUGCCAUAUUGCAUCGAUGCAGAGCAAACACAAACACCUCUAGUAAUGAAACCAACUGUCCGAUUGAGCUGAGAAACCAAUUGUCGAAUGUAAAAAUAAUCCCUUUUAUCCUCCCCAUUGAGGAGCAUAAUA